AUCACAAUUCGAUUUCCUGUGACGUCAUCGGCCUCGUGCACGAUUUGGUAUCCGCCAUUUUAUUUCGUAUAUUGUUCCUGGUCAGACAAGCCAAUGUUGUUUGCAAGGUUCAACUAAAUCGAAGGAAGCAUGUCAUUUCCUCAAAGACCUCCCCUGGGUAUGCCACCAAUGGCUCCAGGCAUGGGUUAUGCUUUUGCAACUCCCAUGGGAAUGAUGCCAAUGAGUAUGGGUGUAAUGCAACCAACAACAGUUAUGCGACCAUUAGUAACUACACAGGCAAGCUUGACUCCCCAGUCAUUGAAGCCGUCAAAGAAACAGCUGGUGCCACAGGAAAUUCCCAAGGAUGACGAUGAAGAGAAGCCUCCAGUUACCACAGUAUUUGUUGGUAACAUCAGUGACAGAGCUCCCGAUGCCAUGGUGAGACAGAUGCUACAGAGAUGUGGUAAUGUUCUCAGUUGGAAACGGGUGCAAGGUGCUUCUGGAAAAUUGCAAGCAUUUGGAUUUUGCGAGUAUGAAAACCCAGAAGCAACACUACGGUGCAUGAGGCUCCUGAAUGAAUGGGAAAUAACUGAUAAAAAACUUGUGGUGAAAGUAGACGCCAAAACAAAAACUUUAUUAGACGAGUACCGAGUCAAGAAAAAGGCAAAGCUGAAUGCAAUGAAGGAAAAAGAUGCAACGAAAGAGAAAUCAGAGACAUCUGAAAACGGAGACGAAGAAAAGGAAGAGGGAGAUAAAGAAAAAGAUAAGGAAGACAGCAAAUCAUCAGAGAAUGGUGAUGGUCAAGAAGAUGAUCUGGAUGAAUUUUCAAAACGGGAGGAUCGAGUGGCAAAAGCAGGCCUUGAUGCUAUCAUGAGAGAAUACGCUUCUGAUCUUAAUAAACCUGUACCUUCAGGUAGGAAGGAUUCAAAAGUGUCUUUGACAGAUGUAGAAAAAGAACAAAAGACAGUACAAAAGAAAAAGGAGGAAAAAGAAAUAAAAGAUACUGGAAUUGAUGAUAUAGACAUGGAGGAGGAUAAGCGAGAAAUUAUCAACAGAGAGAUUAAAAGUUUCCGAGAUCUGCACAAGGGGGAAGAUGAACCAGAAAAAGAUCAGGAAAAGGAAAGGGAAAGGGAACGUAGGAUUCUGGAAGAAAAAAGAAGAAGGGAGCGAGAAAGAGCUCGGGAACGGGAAAGAGAAAGGGAAAGAGAACGAGAGAGGGAACGGGAACGAGAAAGGGAAAUGGAACGAUAUGAGCGUGAACGCUAUGAAAGAUUACGGAGCCGAUCUCGUUCGCCUGCCACUCGUCGGAGAAGGUCCCCUAGUAGAGACAGAUCCAGAGAAAGAAAAAUACGAGAUAGAGAUAGGGAUAGAGAUGUAGAAGAGGAGGAAGAAGCACAUGAGAGAAGGAAACUAGAAAAGAAACUCAGGGAAAAAGAGGCAGCUUAUCAAGAGAGAUUAAAGAAUUGGGAAGCUAGGGAAAGAAAAAAAUCCAGAGAAUAUGAGAAAGACAGAGAAAGGGAGGAGGAACGCAAAAGUGAAGAGAUGCGUGAAGCUCGGCGACUAAAAGAAUUCCUAGAAGAUUAUGACGAUGAAAGGGAUGAUCCCAAAUUUUACAAAGGCAGUAUGUUGGCAAGGAGAAUGAAGGAACGUGAAAAGGAGCGAGAGGCAGAUGCACGGGACCGUCAACGUGAGAAGGAAGAGUUAGAAGAGAUCCGUCGAAAACUCAUGGAUGAGGGUCAUCCAGAUCCAGAGGCAGAGCUAGCAAAGAUUGAGCGGGAGAGAGAGGAACACCUUAAGCCACGCCUCCAGCUUUUGCCACCACCUGUACCAAAGUCCCCUGAUGCUCCACCUCCAAGGGAAGAGGUGCGAGAGGAGAUAGAAGAAAUUGAGGAAGAAUACGACCAAGAAGAUGAGGAUUCCAGAGGAGCUAAACUUCCACCAAAAAUGCAGUCAACGCUGCGACCUGUAGACAAUGACGCCAGCUCUCUAUCAGAUGAUGAUGAUGACAGUAACAUGCCAUAUACAGACACAACACCUCAACCAGUUUACGGUCCAGCCAAGGAGGAAAAUACAAAGCUUGGCUUCAGUUCCCUCAAACUAGGUGCAGGGAGCCCAGUGGAAGGUGUGCAACCCAAGAGAAAGAAACUCACAGUGGGAGAUGUGUUCAAUCAAGAUGAUGAUGAAGGGUCAGAUGGAGCCAAAAAACGCAAGUUGGUUCCUCUAGACUACGAUGAUGACAAGUCAGAAAAGAAGCCCACUACUGCUGAGGAGAAGCGUGCCAGAAUUAAACACCUCAUUGAAAAUAUACCAACUGCUAAAGAUGAAUUAUUUGCUUAUCCAUUGGAUUGGAAUAUUGUUGAUCAGAGUCUGAUGGACAAAAGAAUCAAACCUUGGGUUAAUAAGAAGAUUAUCGAAUAUAUCGGGGAGGAAGAACCUACUCUUACUGAUUUUAUAUGUCAGAAAGUGGUGGCAAGGAGCGUACCACAGAAUAUACUCAACGAUGUUGCAAUGGUCCUAGAUGAGGAAGCAGAAGUGUUUGUAGUGAAAAUGUGGAGACUUUUAGUGUACGAGACUGAAGCUAAAAAGCUAGGACUAGUGAAAUGAUAAAUAUUCCUUUGGGUACAUAUUAAAUCGUGUGUCAUUAGCCGUUCUAGGCUACCGAGUGCUCAACAUGUGUCAAAUGUACAUGGACAGACGGGACAUGAAACAGUCAGAAUGAGUUAUUCUUAAACGGAUAAGUGUUCACUUUAGGAUACCAACUGAGGAGUUCACUGAAAGCAUUGGUACCCUUACCAAUGCAAAGGAGGACGUGAAGAGAUUAAUGGAAACCAAAGUAAAUUUAUUCACAAACAUAAAAAAACUAAUUAAUAUCAGGUUUUCCAUUCUGCCAUAAAAUGGCUCUUUGGUAUAUGUGGUGUAAUAGAUUUCUUUUAAAUGGAAUAUAUUAUGUAUUUUGUCUAUUGAGAAUCCUUUGAAUUAAUUUACGAUAAAUCUUUAUCAUUGAUAUUUUAAAUAUUUUUCUGUGAUAGAAAAUGGAUUUGCUAAGGAUUUGUUUUCAACACACAAGUUAAUUAGGAUAUUUCAAACAUAGUUGAAACUUGUUAUAUAUAUAUUUUUUUUUAUUUUUUCAUAUUUUUUUUCUGAUGAUUGUGAAUGCUAGAAUAAUAAGGUAUACUUGCUAUCUGCUUAAUCUUUUGGGUUAUCUCAAUUUUCUUUUGACAGCUAAUCUAUAUCGAGUCUUCCGAGGAAGAUGAAAAUAUUUUGAAAAGAUUAUAGCGGCAGUGUUGACUUGAGAUGCUGACCUAAAAUUAUCAAAUCAAGGAUUAACCUUUCAAGUUGUAUUUUUGUUCCGUUAUGAUCAUGUCCGAUUCAUAGUUAAUAUGUUGCCCUCAAUUUCAUCGAAUUCCAUGUAAUAUGGAAUCACUAGGUACUGUAGGUAAUGAAACGAGGAAAUUGCAUGUAGUCAAUAUAUGGUACAGUCUGAUAAUAGUUGACGAGGUCCCAAGGGGAGGUCAGUCAGACCAGAAACUGUUACAUUACCUACAGAUGUUAUGAAGGCAGCUUAGGGAUCAACAUUAGCACUGUUAAGACAUGAUCAUGAUACAGCAAUUACCUGUUUUAAGUUUGCCUUUUGGGGAAUGAGGUAAAGAUUCGUCAUUGUUAGAUGUGUGGCAGUGUGAGGACUGGUGUGUAUGAAUGUGCAUGGAAGGGAACAAGGUGGAGUGGUAGUUUGAGUAAUUGUGAGGAUAUGAUAGAUUUUAUUUGUGGAAUGGCAUGUGAAUUGUAAAUUAUUCCUGGUUUGAUACAGAGAAUACUAGUGGGAGGUGAAAUAACCAGUGUCUGGUUGUUGUGAUGUUUUGCUAGGUUGUAGUUGUAUGUACAAGAGAGAGUGAGGAGUGUGAUAGGUAUACACAUGAAUAAAACUGUUGACAGUA